UUGGAGUCAUUUUUUCUUACGUACGAGAUUCUUAUGUGAUAUAGAUACACUAUAAAUAAGAGUUUAAAUUUUAAAUCUGGUCAAUGCGAUCAUUACCCAAGUAUAUAACGCCGCCCACAGUAUCUCCGUAUUUUACGCACACAUCUAAGAUUACAUCAUGUGGCGAGGUGGGGUGUUUUUCGGACUGUUCUGUCUGAUAUUCCGAGCACAAAUACUGUUGUCUCCACUUAUUGAAGCAUCUUUCAAAAGCGGUAACGAAAUAAAUAAAGAUGAUGGCACCCACAUUAUGUCUUUGACUAUGUGCUUAGCUCAAAUAUCUGGUAUGAACGACAAUUAUACUCUUCGAGAAGUCCCACCAGUACGUUUAGAACCUGAACCACAAUUUGUACGACAAGCAGUACCAACGUUGUGUCCGGACUCUGAUCCUUUAUUCCGUACAGCUGAUGGCUUCUGUAACAACAUCAAACGACCAUCGUGGGGACAAUCAUUGGAACGAUUUAAACGUUACGUGGAUGCAGAUUAUGCUGACGGAAUUGGUGCCCCGAGGAUUUAUUCCACGUUUGGACGCUGUAGUAAACCUUGGUUUCGAAGGCUUAAGCCAAAUAAAUGUCUGUUACCUAGUGCUCGAACAGUCAGUAUCAAUAUUCACCCGCCAAGACGAGUCAACUCUAAACAUUCAGUGAUGCUUAUGCAAUGGGGACAAUUUCUGGACCACGAUUUUACUGCAUCAGCCAUUCAACAACCCGAAGAAGGUGUAUCACCGUGCUGUGAUAAUAGAAGGGCUAAAAAAGGAAAGCUUCACCCACACUCCUUUAAAAGAAAUAAAAGAUGCUUUCCAAUUUCUAUCAAGCCUCGUGAUCGCUUUUUUAAGUCUAAAUGUUUAGACUUUGUCCGAUCUCGCGCAAUUAGCCCCAGAUUUAAUCGUUGGAAUCCACGAGAACAACAGAAUUUAUUAACAUCUUUUGUGGAUGGUUCCAAUGUGUAUGGCAGUGAUCAGGACACACAGGAUCGUCUACGGGGAGUUGAUGGCCGUAUGAAGACAUCCGAUAAUAAUUUGUUACCAAGAGGUCGAGAUGAAGACUGUAUCAGAAGAAAUGCACCAUUCUGUUUCGAUGCUGGUGAUGAAAGGGUGCACGUGUUUCCCGGUUUAACGGCUUUACACACAGCCUUCGUCCGAUACCAUAAUUAUAUUGUUGAUGAUUUAAAACAACACAAUACAAGGUGGGAUGGGGAGCGAUUAUUCCAGGAAACCAGAAAAAUCAUCAGUGCCCUUUUACAGAGAAUCACCUACACAGAAUUUUUACCCGAAGUUUUAUCAGACGACACUCUAGAUCACUACAAUCUAAAGGAGGGUAACUAUGAGUACAGCAUCAACGUUAAUCCAAGUAUCGCGGGCGCUUUUGCCACUGCAGCGUUUAGAUUUGGUCAUACUCUAAUUCCCGAUUUUCUGGUAAUAGAUGGUAAAGUAGUAAAAAGCCGACGUCUCUUCAACAAUCCAGAGUUUAUUUUCACCAGCUUGAAGUCAGUUGUUGAAAAUAUUUUAUCCAACCCGGCUCAGAUGAGAGAUCGUUUCCUGUCCAAAGAAAUCGUAGAUCACCUGUUUGAAACUGAAAUAGGAUCGUUUGAUUUGGCUGCCUUUAAUAUUCAGCGAGGUCGAGAUCAUGGUCUACCAUCUUACAACACGUUUAGAAGAUUCUGCAAUUUACCUGAGGCCAAAAACUUCAACUCUGAACAAUUCGAGAAAACAGCUCGAAAAUCUCUUAGAAAGACCUACAGAACUGUUGAUGAUAUUGAUCUGUUUUCCGGUGGUAUGGCAGAACAAAAUGAAAUUGGGUCGAAAACUAUGGCAGAACAAAAUGAAAAUGGGUCGAUUCUUGGUCCCCUCUUCAAUUGUAUUUUGGGAAAACAGUUCAGCGAUUUGAAAUGUGGAGACAGUUUCUGGUACGAAACAACUGACAGUAGACGAGGAUUCUCGAAAGAUCAACUUAAGGCCAUUAAGAACGUAUCUUUGUCUCAGAUUCUGUGUCAAGUUUUUAGCUUGGCUGAAAUCCAAAGAAAUCCUUUCCGGCUCCCGGGCAAGACAGUUAAAUGUAAAAAACUGUCAGAGUUGGACCUUAGUCCCUGGUAUGAAUAAUAACAAUGUUGCUAACGAAGUUAACGCCCACAACAACGCCACUGAUGAUGUCAUCUUCAGCAUUACUGGCUUCCAUUUACAUUAAUAUAAUGAUCGUCUCAUCUAAUAAAAUUUUUUAUUACAA